AUGUCGAUAGCGGCGCCACAGCGGGCCGCCUCAAGGCGACUGCUCGGCGCGCUGCCCGCGCUGCUGUUGCUACUGCUCGAGUCCUACUUUCUCGCGCGCCUGAUCGACGGCGAGUCUCCAGGGGCGGGUAUGAUCGUCGCCUACAGGGUCUUCACCGCCCUCGCGUCCGGCCCGCCCGCUUCCCUCUCCUUCACAAAUACCACCGUCCGCGGGUGCGACCCGGCCAAGUGGAGCCUCGCUCCGGGCGCCAUCACCUGGCGGACGGCGGGUGUCCCCUCGGUUUACCAUAGCUACAACGGGAUAUUUCAGACUUCGCCCGGAAAUGACCCAGAGCGCAUCGGCAUCCCAAUGACGUCUCUCACCUACAACUUCAACGUCCGCUUCUCCUCCUACAUGCCCGGGGGCGCCAACCUCUCUCUCGCCCUCAAGCGAGACCUGCUUCAAUGCCCAGUUUCCGAAACCAUGCAGAGUGAUGGAUACACCUACCGACUCGACUACACGUGGAUGGCGGUGGCGCCAACAGAGGAGCCCGUCACCAGCCGUCUGAUCAUCUUCUACGAAACCUCUCCGCCUGCCACUCCUGCUUCCUCCGGCCGCCGCCAGCUCCUUAGUGUUGAGCCGCCUCCCACUGGGACAGCAGUGAGCAGCAGCAGCAGCAGCACGGACCAGAAGUCGAAGGAGGAUGCGAGGAAGGAGAGAGAGGCAGCGAUCGCCGCGAGAAAGGAGGCGAUUGCGGAGCGAAAGGCGGCGUUUGCAGCAAGGGAGCAGGCGAAGCAGGAGAGGGAGAAGGCGAAGGAGGAUGCGAGGAAAGCCAAGGAGGAGGCCGUUGCAAAGAAGGAAGCAGCGAAGAAGGCCAAGGAGGAGGCAAUUGCGAAACGGGAUGCGGCAAAGAAGGCAAAGGAGGAAGCUAUUGCAAACAAGGAGGCGGCCAAGCUGGCAAAAGAGCAGGCGAUAGCCAAGAAGCAAGAGGCGAUGGCAAUUAGGGAGGCGGCGAAAAAGGAGAAGGAAAAGAAGACGCCUCCAUCCUUCUCCCCUCAUCGCGCUUACCAUUGUCGCGUUCCCCCGCCCAUCGCGCCACCCCCCUUCGCGCCACCCAUCCUUCCGUCGCGCAUCCUCUCGUGCCUCGUCUCCCGUCGUCGUGUCUCCCCUCGCCGCGCCUCCUGUCCCAUCCUCACGCCUCCCCUCGUUUCCGGGAGCCUCCCCACGUCGCGCCUCCGCUCGCCUCGCCGCGCCUCCGCUCGCCUCGCCGCGCCUCCGCUCGUUGCGCCGCGCCUCCGCUCACCCCGCCGCGCCUCUGCUCGUCUCGCCGCGCCUCCGCAGGCCGCGCCGCGCCUCCGCUCGCUGCACCGCGCCUCCGCUCACCUCGCCGCGGCGCCUCCCCUGCCAUCAGCGCGCCAGCACCCUCGUCGCGCUGCCCCUCCUCGCGCCUCCACUCCCGCUGCCCUUCUCCCACCUGCCCAUCCCUUGCCCGCGCCUCCCUGCCCUUCCAUUCACCUCACCCUGAUUUCCAUAAUUUUAACACCCUGCUUCCCCUCCUUCCCCUCAUUUACCCCGCUGCUUCCCCUCGUUUCCCCCUCUGCUCUCAUCCUUCUCCUGAUUUUCAUCCUUGCUUCCCCUCAUCCCUGCUUCUCCUCAUUUCAUCCUUGCUUCCCUUCAUCCCUGCUUCCCCUCAUCCCUGCUUCUCCUCAUUUCAUCCCUGCUUCCCCUCAUCCCUGCUUCUCCUCGUUUCAUCCCUGCUUUUCCUCAUCCUUGCUUCCCCUCAUCCCUGCUUCUCCUAAUUUCAUCCCUGCUUCCCCUCAUCCCUGCUUCUCCUCAUUUCAUCUCUGCUUCCACUCAUCCCUGCUUCCCCUCAUCCCUGCUUCCCCUCAUCCCUGCUUCUCCUCAUUUCAUCCCUGCUUCCCCUCAUCCCUGCUUCUCCUCAUUUCAUCCCUGCUUCCCCUCAUCCUUGCUUCCCCUCAUCCCUGCUUCCCCUCAUUUCCCUCCCUGCUUCACCUCAUUUCUCUCCCUCAUUUCCUCAUUUCCCCCUUUGCUUCCUUCUUCCACUCAUUUUCCCCGCUGCUUCGUUUCCCCAUCUGCUCUCAUCGUUUCCCCUCCUGCUUCUCUCAUUCCCCCCCCUUCUUCCCCUCAUUUACCCCGCUGCUGCCCCUCAUUUCCCUACCUGCUUCUCCUCAUUUUUCCCCUUGCUUCCACCCAUUUCCCCUGCUUCACCUCAUUUCUCUCCCUGCUUUCCCUGAUUUCCCCCUCUGUUUCCCCUCGUUUCCCCCUCUUCUUCCCCUCGUUUAUCUUCCUAUAUCUAGCUUUCCCUCUCCCCCUCUUCCUAUCUCCCCUCUUCCCUAUCCUCCCUCUUCUUACAUUUUGCCUUUUUUCUUGUUCCCCCUCCCCAUCUCGUAUUCCCUCCCUCUCCAUGGCUAUUGCAGUGACUACACUGACGAUUCUUCUGGAAGGGAAGGGUUGAGAAGGGAAGGGUUGAGAAGGGAUGGGGAAGGGAAAGGCAAUACAGGAAAGGCAUGGAUGGGGAGGGCAGGUGGGAACAGGGCAGAGGGUGGGGUAGCAGGGAAGGGGAUGGGGGGGAUGCAGGGAAGGGGAUGGGGGGAAGCAGGGAAGGCGAUGGGGGGAAGCAGGGAAGGCGAUGGGUGGAAGCAGGGAAGGGGAUGGGGGGAAGCAGGGAAGGCGAUGGGUGGAAGCAGGGAAGGGGAUGGGGGGAAGCAGGGAAGGGGAUGGGGGGAAGCAGGGAAGGGGAUGGGGAGAAGCAAGGAAGGGGAUGGGGGGAAGCAGGGAAGGCGAUGGGUGGAAGCAGGGAAGGGGAUGGGGGGAAGCAGGGAAGGGGAUAGGGGGAAGCAGGGAAGGGGAUGGGUGGAAGCAGGGAAGGGGAUGGGGGGAAGCAGGGAAGGGGAUGGGGGGAAGCAGGGAAGGGGAUGGGGAGAAGCAGGGAAGGGGAUGGGGGGAAGCAGGGAAGGCGAUGGGUGGAAGCAGGGAAGGGGAUGGGGGGAAGCAGGGAAGGGGAUAGGGGGAAGCAGGGAAGGGGAUGGGUGGAAGCAGGGAAGGGGAUGGGGGGAAGCAGGGAAGGGGAUGGGGGGAAUGGAAAGAGCUGGGGGGAGGAUGGUGGGGAGCAGAGAGGGGUUCAAAACGCUGUCCGAUUGGGGUGGCGGAGGCGACAACGGGAGGCGAGGGCUUAGAGGAGCAACUGGGGCAACGAGUUGCUGCGCGUGA